AUGUGGCUCGAUCGCCUCGCUGGCAGCCAGGCCAACGUGUCGGGGACAUCGACACCGCAAUCCGCGAACCGAUCUUAUUCACCACUGCCUAGACGUACCUCGAGCGCCCUGAGUCCCUAUGUUACAUCACAACGCCCUGGCCAGUCGCCACGCAGCUCUUCUCUGUCCCUCGCCUCGAACGAUUCGACGACGUCCCUCCUAGGCGCAGGCAAACGACCCAACGGCUCAGGCCUAAGACAGGCCUCUACUAUAUACGAUGGACCGAAUCCGGUGGAGAUCCUUGAGAAGCUCCUGAGCCCAGAUACCGAUGAAGACGCCGUUCUGUCUGGAGCUCCUCUCGGCAACUUUAUAAGAGACGACGAUCUUCAAAUGGAACCAGACUUUGAUGGACUGUCUUUGAAGAAAUUGGCAGAGGCAGAAGCACGCGAAACCACAUUGGAGUCGUCGCGAAAACCCCCAGAGAUAGUGUCAUACGAGCAACAACAAGGCAAAUUCGACGACCUGCAUCGGUCUAUCGUUGCAUGCGACGAUGUUCUUGGCUCUGUUGAAGCCAAUCUCACAAGUUUUCGCAAUGAUCUGGCGACAGUCUCUGCAGAUAUCGAAUCCUUGCAAAAGCGAUCAUCGGCCUUGACCAGACGACUUGACAAUCGCAAAGCCGUGGAGAAAGCGCUGGGGCCUUUGGUGGAGGAGCUUAGCAUAUCGCCCGACAUUAUCUCCAAGAUUUCAGAAGGGCAUAUUGACGAGACAUGGGCAAGAAUGCUCAAUGAAAUCGAUCGCCGCUCAGCUGCCAACCAGAAAAGGACAUCACAGCAAAAAAAGGCUUCUGAUGAUCUGGGUCCGCUCCUCGAGAAGCUCACUGCCAAGGCAAUUGAGAGGAUACGCGAUUUCCUCGUGGCCCAAAUCAAGGCCCUGCGGUCACCGAGCAUCAACGCGCAAAUUGUGCAACAGCAGAAUUUCCUGAAAUUCAAAGAUCUUUACACAUUCCUGCACAAGCACCACAACAAGCUGGCAGAAGAAAUUGCCUUGGCAUACAUGAAUACUAUGCGAUGGUACUAUGCCAACCAGUUUGGUCGAUACGAAAGGGCCCUCGCCAAAGUCCGAUUGCAUGUUCUCGAUAGGAACGACGUGCUGGGACAAGAAGACACGACACGGAAAGCCACCGUCCUGUCUGGCUCUCGCACAGCUGGCCCACCACACGAUGCCUUCAACCUGGGAAGGCGAAUAGACAUACUCCGAACAAGGAAUCAGAAUGCACUGACGUCGUACCUUGUGGAUGAGGAUCAGUCGACACAUUACCUCGAAGUGCCCUUUCGCAACUUCAACCUGGCGCUGAUCGAUAACGCCACUGCAGAGUACACCUUCCUCGCAACCUUCUUCUCUCCUGCAUUGACCUACUCGCACAUCGCCAAGAACUUCAAUUACAUCUUUGAGCCGACGUUCGAGCUUGGCAAAGCAUUGUCAAAGACGCUUGUGAGCGAGACUUAUGAUGCGCUGGGUCUCUUGUUGUGCAUCCGCCUGAACCAGCAGUUUGCUUUUGAGCUUCAGCGCAGAAAGGUGCCUGCCGUAGAAGGGUAUGUGAACGGGACCAACAUGCUGCUAUGGCCGCGGUUGCAGGUCAUCAUGGACAAGCACUGCGAGUCUGUGCGUCAGCUUACCAUCGCCAUGCCUUCCAAGCCAACCAAGUCUGCGGCUGAUCCAAAGCUAUCGGCAGCUCCUCAUGUGGUUACUCAGCGAUUCGGCCAACUGCUCCAGGGCUUCCUUGCGCUCAGCACCGAGGCCGGAGACGACGAGCCCGUUGUCUCAAGCAUACGGCGUCUGAGAGGCGAAGUAGAGACUUUUCUUUCCCGGCAAGCCCAAGCGUUUGCAAGUGACAAGCAUAAGAGCAGUCGCUUUCUAUACAACAACUAUUCCUUGAUUUCCACCAUCAUAAGCGACGUUAAUGGGAAAUUGGCGGAGGAGCAGCAACAGCAUUUCGAAGGUCUUAAGAAACCUUAUCAAGAAGAGUCAUAG